AGAUUGAGGGUAUUCUCGUGUUAUAUUCGAGUUGUGCUCGUGCAGUGUGUGUUCAUAAUAUAAAUCAAUCAAUCAAUCAAUCAAAAAAAAAAAAAAAAAAAAUUAAAACAUGGCCGACACAGCUGUAGCAACCGAAGCGCCAGCACCGGCGACCCCUGCGAAGAAACCCAAGGCGUCCGCGGUCGCCGCCGCCGGCGGUGGCGCCGCCGCCGGCGGUGGCGCCGCCGCCGCCAAGAAACCGAAAGCGAAACCUACUCACCCUAAAACGUCGGAAAUGGUGAACAGCGCCAUCAAAGAGUUGAAGGAACGUAGCGGUUCUUCGCUUCAGGCGAUCAAGAAAUACAUCGCGGCUCAAUACAAAGUCGAUUCGGAAAAAUUGGCUCCCUUCAUCAGAAAGUAUCUGAAGAGCGCCGUAGAAUCGGGCGCGCUCAUACAGACCAAGGGCAAGGGCGCAUCGGGUUCGUUCAAGCUGGAAUCGAAAACGUCGGCUUCGAAGAAACCCGCGGGCUCCGGAGCGGGAAGCGGGUCCGGCGGCGGCGGCGGAGGCGGCGGCAAGGCCGCGUCCUCGGCGGCUUCGGGUAAAUCGAAGAAGGCCACGUCCGCUCCGGUCGGCGGCGGCAAGGGCGGCGGCGCCGCGGGCAAGAAAGCGGCCGCCGGCGGUGCUUCGUCCGGCACGGCGGCGUCUUCGCCGUCCAAAUCUAAGGCGAAGGCUACGAUUAAGGACAAAAAAGCGGCAGCGGCUAAAAAGAAACCGGCCGCCGCCGCCGCCAAGAAGGCCGCCGCGGCCGCCGCUCCUUCGAAGGCGAAGGGUGCCGCGUCGAAGGCGAAGAAGAGUGCGAAGCCGCCGACCAAGAAACCUAAAGCACCGAAACCGAAGAAGGCAGCCGCCGCUGCACCGAAGUCGAAACCGGCGGCUAAGAAAGCGGCCGCCGCUAAAAAGUAAGUCCCCCGCCAGCAGCCGCCGCGGUGAUAAUGACGACGACAUCGUUCAAAAGUGUUAUCAACAACAACAACAACAACAACAACAACAACAACAACAUCGACAACAUACAUUUGUCCCGUCCCACGACGACGACGACGACGACGACGACGACGACG